UUGGAUAACAAAUCGCAGCAAGACCGCCGCGAGCCCAAAAGGUGGAUUGCCAUACCAGAUAUGGCGACCAUCCCGGCGCCUCCCUGCUCCUCCUCUCCAAUGUCUAUGUUGCUCACCCCCAGCUAUUGCUGCUGGAGGUCGGCGCCAAGAGCGGCCGCCCGCGCAUCGGCGGUGGCGGCAGCCCGACGGACGCUCUCCUCUGGGUGGGACCUGUCCCGGCUAUCAGCAGCCGGACCCGCAGCUAGAAAGGCUCGCCUCGAGGAGCUGGACACCAGCAACAUGCUCCUCCGCCAGCGCAUCAUCUUUCUGGGCUCUCCGGUGGAUGAUUUGUGUGCUGAUUUUAUCAUCAGCCAACUCUUACUGUUGGAUGCAGAGGACCACACAAAGGACAUCAAGUUGUUUAUUAACUCACCUGGAGGCUCCAUAACAGCUGGAAUGGGAAUUUAUGAUGCCAUGAAAUUUUGCAAGGCUGAUAUUUCAACUGUUUGCUUUGGAUUGGCGGCUUCUAUGGGUGCAUUUUUGUUAGCUGCUGGGACAAAAGGGAAGAGAUUUUGCAUGCCAAAUGCGAGAAUUAUGAUCCAUCAGCCAUCAGGGGGAGCCGGCGGAAAGGCCACAGAGAUGGGAUUGCAGAUAAGAGAAAUGCUCUACGAGAAGAUAAAGAUGAAUAAGAUAAUGUCAAGAAUCACCGGAAAGACUGAAGAGCAGAUCGACGAGGACACAAAGUUUGACUACUUCAUGAGUCCUUCGGAGGCCAAGGACUAUGGAAUACUUGACAGCAUUAUGGAUGAGGGGAAGCUAGGAUUGGUAGCUCCUAUGGCGGGAGCUGUGCCACCUCCAAAAUCACGCCUAUGGUACUUGUGGAAUGCUUCAGGACCAACUAGGAAAAUAAUGAAAAAUCUACCUUCAGAGGAAAAAUUCAUUCGAAAUGGCAAUGGCAGCGCAAGUGGAGAUAAUGGAAAACUCAAGGAGGCCUCACCAACAUAAGAUACUACCAUCACGUGGAUUUAGGAAGAUAUAGUAGAGCUUACAAUGCAGCUUUCAGUACGCUGGAUAGCAUAGCCUUCCGGUAGUUGUAUGCUCUUACCAUACCUUUUUCUUUGUACGUACGCGAGCAUUUGUUAGAAUUUGUACUAUCAACUGUGUAAGACUGCAGAGAUACUGUGAGCUGUUCUUUCUGUGGCAUCCGGAAGAUGUUGCCUAUCAUUGUCA